AUGUCUAAUCCGUGGAAGAAAGUUGCAACGCCCGCCGAUGUGCAAAAUUUAUCGGAGAUCAUGUCUGAAGAAUAUGCAAAAGGUUUACAGGUUAAGGAAGAAUUAAAGUUUGCUGAACAAAUAACUGAUCAACAUGUUAUUGUUGAACCUAAUGAUCUUUCGCCUGAAAUCCUCAAACAAAUUGAGGAAUCCAAUGUUAAGGAAUAUUGCGACUCUGACGCUAUUAUUGCAAAAGUGUUGCAAUGCCAGUUUGACAGAGAAUAUGAUGACGAAAUAAAAAAAGUGGAGAAAAAGAAGAAUGGAGACGCAAAGGUAUCAAUAUCGUAUGAAAACUACCGCAAUAUUCCUGAAAGCCUUAUAUACGAUUCUGAUGACGAUGAUGAUGACUUCGAAAAUGCUAGUAAGAAAGACUGGGAUCGUUUUGAAACUAACGAGAAAGAAUUCGCAAGUCUCCCUAAACGUGGAUUUGUUAUGAAAGAUGGUGAAAUGGUCACCAAGCAUGAUAGUGUUAUAAAUGGCAGAAGGAAUGCAUGCAAAGUAAUGACGUUUCCUCCUGAAGUUUGUACAGGCGACGGUGCUGGAUUCGAUAUGAAACUACCAAAUUCUGUGUUCAAUCAACUAAAAGAGCAUACAAGAUGGGAACAAGCUCGCAAACAUAAAAUGUUAGACAGAAAAGAAAGCCAAGCUACUGCCGAAAUGGGUCUUGAUGAAGCUACAAGACUUAUACUUUUUAAAAUGAUUAAUAAUGGUAUGUUAGAAAACAUAAAUGGAAUAAUAUCAACAGGAAAAGAAUCAGUUGUGUUACAUGCUAACAGUGAUCAAUCUUUUCCUGAUAUGGUUUUGCCUAAGGAAUGUGCAAUUAAGGUCUUUAAGACCACUUUAAAUGAGUUUAAAACGCGAGAUAAAUAUAUUGAAGCUGAUUAUAGGUUUAAAGAUAGAUUCUCAAAGCAAAACCCUCGAAAAAUUGUGCAUAUGUGGGCAGAGAAAGAAAUGCACAAUAUGAUGAGAAUACAAAAGAUUGGCCUCAAUUGCCCAGAAAUGGUCUGCUUAAAGAAACAUAUACUUGUUAUGUCCUUUAUAGGAAAGGAUAAUAAACCAGCUCCUAAAUUGCGAGAUGUUAUUAUGAAGCCUGAGAAAUGGUUGAGUGUAUACAAUGAGGUUGUUGAUGCUAUGCAUAAGCUAUACAAUAUAGGUAAUUUAGUGCACGCUGAUCUAUCAGAAUAUAACAUACUUUGGUGGGAGAACAAAUGCUGGUUCAUUGAUGUCUCGCAGUCUGUACAGCCUGAUCAUCCUAAUGGCUUGGAAUUUUUAUUGAGAGACUGUCGCAAUAUUAUUAAUUUCUUUGAAAAGAAAGGUGUGCCAGAUAUCCAGUCGGCUGAAGACUUGUUCAAAUCUAUCACUGGCUUUGAAGAAGUUGAUGUCAAUUUGCUGGAGGGUGUACACACUACUUACAACAGUUUAUCCUCUCGUUUUGAGAUAACUCCAGACGACAACAGAAAUGUUAGCUAUCCAUUUGAGUAUUGCUGGCAAAAAACAAAUGGGAAGAAAGUUAAAAGUGUUGAGAGAUGUGAUGAAGAUAAAUUUGAUGAAAUGUGGUCACUUUCUAAGCAGAAUAAAGUUGUUGAUCUAUCUACAAACUUUGCCAAUGAAAUCAAGAUUAAUGACAUUGUUAUCGACAAGGAAGUCAAUUUUGCCAAUCCAAUCAAUGUUGCUAUUCCAAAAAAUGAGCUGGAUAUAGGUAGUAGUGAGAUUGAUAAAAAAUCU